GGCCGAUAAGUUAUCAACUACCUGUGAUACCCAGACAUCCUUAUCAGCACCGUUGUCCGCAAGCGUGGGGCAAGCAUGGAGGAAAGAUGGAGUACAAAAGAGAUAUGGUUUUCGCCGUCGUGCGAUGUGUCAACGCAAGACGAACUAAAUGCACAGGAUGACAGGUGUUGAAGCGAAUUUGGUCAACGACGCUCAGUUUCCUCCUGGGACGAUUUGGUUAAGCGACCGCGAGAAUGAGCAAGUUGUACUCGCGCCGCAACCCACUUCUGAUCCAAAUGACCCUUUGGUACGUGAUAUGCGCACUCAGAUUCACAUUGCAGCAGUCUGACGGGGGAUGCUUUUGAAGAACUGGUCAGCAUGGCGGAAAACCGUGCAAAUGACGCUCUUGUCCCUUUAUGCGAUAAUGGUUUACGGUUUCCUCACCGUUUCCCCGCCAUUAUGGGCCGAUAUGAAUUCUGAAUUGGGCUUCAGUUACAGCACGCUGAACAACAGCUACGGUGUCAGUGCGGCGACGUUAAGCAUCGGUUGCAUCGUUUUCACUCCGUUUGCGAUGCGCUACGGUCGCAGGCCUGUCUAUAUCAUCACGUCACUCAUCAUAUUCGGAAUGGACAUCUGGUCUGCACGAAUGCAGAACGUACCUGAUCUGAUGCUGUCGAAUGUCUUCAUGGGCCUGGCAGGAAGCGUGAAUGAGUCUCUAUUUCAAAUGACGGUCAACGAUCUGUUCUUCGUUCACCAGCGAGGCUCUUUGAAUGGACUUCUUUUCUUCUGCUCAACGAUCGGCAACUACCUUGCCCCCGUAGCCGGUGGGUACAUCGCCAUAUCUUCACAAGGCUGGCGUUGGUCCUUCUGGUAUCUAGCCAUUUUCCAAGGCAUUAUCAGCGUGCUGCUGAUCUUCUUCCUGGAAGAGACGCAGUACGUUCCGGACGAUGGUAUCAAUGCGCAAGUCCCUUCAGGACGUAACGCUAGCAUCGACGCCUCUGCCGAAGAAAAGUCGGCCAAGGAAAAGCAGGACGAGAUCGAUGAGGGCAUCGUUCUCGAAAUCGGCAGUAACAAAAUUACGAGUCGGCGCAGGCUCGUUGAAAUCGACACAACCAUUCCCAUGCGCUCUCGCGGCCGGCGAUAUGCCAUGUACACUCUCACUUCGGUGAGUCAUUAUUCUUGGGCACGGCACUUGUAUCAACCGUUUGCAUUGUUGUACUACUUCCCAGCCGUUGCAUUUGCCGCCCUGCAAUGGGCCUUCUGCCUCGCAGCGCUGAGUAUCGUCGCCGUUUCUACGUCGAACAUCUAUCCCUACGCACCAUACAAUUUCUCCGCAGCCGAUGUCGGAAACCUUAAUAUCGCGCCGGCCAUUGGUUCCAUCAUCGGUGUUGCCUGGGGCGGGCCCAUCGUGGACUGGGCGAUCGUGAGACUAGCACGCCGGAAUGGAGGUCUUUAUGAGCCUGAAAUGCGAUUGGUUCUAUUUAUUCUCCCCGGAACUCUAAUGCCUGUCGGUGUUUUCAUGUAUGGCCUUUGUACCGCGGAAGGUAUGCAUUGGAUCAUCCCCACGAUAGGUUCCGCGUUGAUUGGCUUUGGUAUUGGUGGCACCGGCGAUAUUGCGUUGACAUAUCUGCAGGACGCGUAUGAGCUCGUCCUGCCUGAUGCCUUGAUCGGAGUAGCAUUUGUGCGUAAUAUCAUGGCCACUAUCUUAGUAUUUGCGAUUGGGCCGUGGUUCGACGGAAUGGGUGUUUAUAACUCGUUCGUUCUUCUGGGAUGUCUGAGCGUGGCAUUUAGCCUGUUGGCUGUGCCAAUGUUUUUCUUUGGAAAGAAAGCAAGAAUUCGGAGGAAGAACGAGUACGAGUACUAUGCUCAGAAGAUGUUUGUUGUAAAGAGAGGAUAGUACAAUUCAGUAAAAAACGAAUCCGACGCUCAUUUUAC